UGAAAGUUGACAACCCUAAUCAGCUGCCUGGCAAUUCGGGCUAAAAUUCUUGGAAUUCAAUACGUGGCUCCGUUUUAUCUCGCACAAAUUGGAGAAGUAAUGUCUGCUGAUCGGUAGCCGUCGAACCUGUUCAGAUACACAACCCAAUAAAUAGCCAUAAGAUGUUCACCUGUCUGUGCCAGAUUUUUUUCUAUCUGGUUUCCACUGUUGCAGUCGCCGCGCUGUCGAUCGUAGCUGUGGUGCUCUACAAGACCAAACCCUACCCCAACAUCAGGCGGCUCAAGGAUGAGGAGACCUUCCUCGAUCCAAACAGCAUCGAAACAGUCACUUUUCCCAGUCUCGAGGAUUCUCCAAGUUUGGAUCUCAGUGUCAUUGUACCAGCUUACAAUGAGGAGCAGCGAUUACCGGCAAUGCUUGACGAGUGUUUGGCCUUCUUGGAACAGAAAUCUGGAGGCAGUCCCACCUUUUCGUACGAGGUGAUCGUGGUGAGUGACGGCAGUCAGGAUGCCACAGUCAAAGUGGCCUUGGGCUACUCGAAGAAGCACGGAGCUGAAAAGGUUCGGGUCCUGGAACUCAUCGAAAAUCGGGGGAAAGGAGGAGCUGUUCGGAUGGGCAUGCUCAGUGCGCGGGGUCGUUAUCUGCUGUUCGCCGAUGCUGAUGGAGCUACAAAGUUCCCCGACUAUGAUAAGCUGGAAGUGGCCUUAAAGCAACUAGCUGCGGAGUGGCGAGACGAUGGCAUUGCGAUUGGAUCGAGGGCACAUCUGGAAAACGAUGCGAUUGCCACGAGAAGUUUGUUUAGAACCAUUUUGAUGCACGGCUUCCAUUUCCUUGUCUGGCUUUUUGCCGUGCGAUCUAUUCGCGACACCCAGUGUGGCUUUAAGUUAUUUACUCGAACUACGGCCAGAAAACUCUUCACUAGUCUUCAUGUCGAGCGGUGGGCCUUCGAUGUGGAGCUGCUUUACCUUGCCGAGAAAUUGAAGCUGCCCAUGUCCGAGGUUGCCGUUCGCUGGACGGAGAUCGAUGGCUCGAAAUUGACACCGUUUUGGUCAUGGCUGCAGAUGGGCAGGGAUUUGUUCAUGAUCUGGCUGCGUUAUCUGGUCGGUGCCUGGCGUAUUGCGUCCAUACAGAAAAAAGAAAACUGAAUUGGACGUGGAAGGGCUCUUAUUCCCAAUACUAACUAGCAUUUUGUGUCGAAACUGCUUCGCUGUCCUGCAUUACCAAAACACUUUUAACUUUAAACUAUAUUUUUGUAGGUCUCUUAAAGUGUAAAGAAUACUAACUAGUUAAGUACUUAAGUACAGUAUUUUUCAAAUAAAAAGAAAAUUUGGAAAACAAA